AUGGUUGCGACAUCAGUUGCAGCUUACAAUCUGGCGAAGAAGUUGUGCCAAGAAUAUGACAAACGGAAGAAGGAGGAGAAGGAGAUGAAUGUCAAGUGCGAGCACAAAUCGGCCUCUUCGGAACAACCAAAGGGCGAAAUUAGUCGCAAAGUCACCGAAAUCGACUAUGGAAAGCACGAGCAAACAGUGAAGGAGUUGGACCGCCAGGAGAAGGAACAGGAUUACGCCAGAAAAGCCACCGAAGCAGCACAAUGGUGCACCUUGGACCAUGAGCACGGACCAAAUUGCAAGAGGCCUCCAACGAGCUGCUCUCAAGACCACCAAAAAGAGUGGCAGAUCUACGAACGAAGCACGGAAGAAAAGAUUGCAGCAGCAGAGCGCUUUCGCCAGGAAGGCAACGAAGCUUACAGAAAGCGCAACUUUGGCCUGGCAGCCGUCCACUACCGGAAGGCUCUGCUUCACUUUGACUACACAUUCGCAGAGACGGAGGAGCUUCAGGAUCAGGUGGAUGCGGUGAAGCUGCCUUGUCUUCUGAACUUGGCUGCGUGCAAGUGCCAGCAGGAAGACUGGGAUGAGGUUCUCACGCAGUGUCGGCAAGCCCUUGAGAUAAAUCCUCGUGCUGUCAAGGCACACUACCGCUGUGGCCUGGCAUAUCUGGCAAGAGAUGAGUUUGAGCUCGCAAAGGAUGCGCUCACAAGUGCGCACGAGAUCGAGCCUUCGAAUCCAGAUAUCACCGCAGCGCUAAAGCAGCUGAAGACAAACAUGGAGGACUACAAGACACGUCGGCGCCCCUUGCUAGCACACACAGGCAGGAAGGCGUUCAGGUAUGGCUUCCUUUUGUUCACAGCCGCACACAUACUGCUUGGAUUUGUCUGGACACUUGCAAGAGCUGGCAUAGACUAUCUCAAUCUAGAUCUUAUCGAAAACUGA